AUGUCAGAAACCCUUCCUCUUCAUACUGUUAUUUUUGAAGAAGACGAAAUUUACGCCGCGGCCUCGAGUCCAGAUACAAAUGAUGUAUGGGAUAAUUUAAUGCCUCGUAACUCUCACACAUAA